CCAAUCACGGCUCGACAGCACAUGGACCUACUGCCGGCCACGUUCAGUCACAAUUUACAAUCAUUUCGGCUACUCACAUCAACAAGAUGCAGUCUUUUCUAAUAUUACUCUCACUGUUGUCUAUAGCAUUUGCUAGCGAUGUUUUAGUUUUCACUGAUUCAGAUUUUGCUUCUAAAGUUGCAGAACAUGACAUGGUAUUAGUUGAAUUUUACGCACCUUGGUGUGGACAUUGUAAAAAAUUAGCACCAGAAUACGAAACAGCUGCCACAAAAUUGAAAUCUGGAGAUAACCCUGUAGCUUUAGCAAAGGUUGAUUGUACAGCUGAAACUGAAGUAUGUGGUAAAUAUGGUGUCUCGGGGUACCCUACAUUAAAAAUAUUCCGUGGUGGUGAAUUUAGUGAAGACUACAAUGGUCCAAGAGAAGCUAAUGGAAUUGUUAAGUUAAUGAAAUCAAAGGCCGGUCCCACAUCAACAUUAUUAGAAUCUGUUGCUGAUGCUGAAAAAUUUGUUGUUAACUCAGAAUAUACAGUAGUUGGAUUUUUUGAAUCAAUUGACAGUGAAUUAAGUCAAACAUUCCGUAAAGUUGCAGAUGCUAUGAACGGAGAACUAAGAUUUGGUCAUAGUGUAAAUAAGGAUGUUUUAUCUAAAUUUGGCGUAGAAGAUGCUAUUGUUCUAUUCCGUCCUAAAAGAUUCCAGAGUAAAUUUGAAGAUAAUAAAUUGGAAUUUAAAGGUGAUGCUACAGUCAAUAAAUUAAAAGAAUGGCUUAAAGAUAAUGUAUUAGGUUUAUGUUGUCACAGAACACAAGAUAAUGCUGAUAAAUUGAAAAAACCUCUAUUCGUAGCUUACUAUGAUGUAGAUUACGUGAAAAACGAAAAGGGUACCAACUAUUGGAGAAACCGAGUAAUGAAAGUCGGAAAAAAAUUGCUAGAUGCUGGAAAGCAAAUAUAUUUUGCCGUCAGUGAUCAAACAGAAAUGGGUCGUGAAAUAGAUGAAUGUGGAUUAGGAAGUUCAAGCGAUAAACCACGAGUUUGUGCCUUCGAUUCUCGAGAUAGAAAAUUUAACAUGCAAGACGAAUUUAGCAUGGAAACAUUUGAAAAAUUUAUCAAUGAUGUUUUAGAUGAUGCAUUAGAGCCAUAUUUAAAAUCUGAACCUGUUCCAGAACAAACUGAUGGAGUUCAGGUUGUUGUAGCUAAAAACUUUGAUGAAAUAGUAAAUAAUGAAGAUAAAGAUGUCCUUAUUGAAUUUUAUGCUCCAUGGUGUGGACAUUGUAAGACUUUAGCACCAAAAUAUGAUGAAUUAGCAGAAAAGUUACAAAAUGAACCCGAAAUUACUAUUGCCAAAAUGGAUGCAACAGCCAAUGAUGUUUCCAAACCAUAUGAAGUAUCUGGCUUCCCAACACUUUAUUUUGCACCUAAAGGAAAGAAAGCUAACCCAGUUAAAUACAAUGGUGGCCGUGAGGUAGAUGACUUUAUUAAAUAUUUAGCUAAAGAAGCCACAAACGAAUUAAAAGGGUACAAACGAAAUGGCAAAGCAAAGAAGACAGAACUCUAGGCUUCCAAAUUUCAUAAUUUCAUAUCAUAAGUUAUCAUCAUCAUCAUUAUAAAUAAUUCAUUCAUACUAUUAAUUAUCUGUUAUAUAAAAUGUUUACCAAUAGACUAAAGAUCGAUCCAGGGCUCUUUAAUUCAAAAUUUGUCAGUCUGUCCAUUCUUUUGUUUACCUUCUGCUCGCUAGCCUGGAGGUUGGGUGAUCGACCCCUGCUUUGGCCUAGAAAGUUCACCCAGAUUUUCCGGCGUGGUUCCCUCUUGUCAAUGAUGCAGGACGGAGGGCCUGUCAAGGACAGCUGUCUAGUCGUUCGGAUGAGACGAAAAACAGCUGGAAUUCGAUAUAAGAGUAGGCCGUAGUGCCGCUUUACGGGCAAAAUUUCCCUCAUAGCACACUGAAUGGCAUAUGCCCGUCCCCAUUAGCCAAGUUCGGAGCAAAACAGUAGGGCGUUAAACCCCAUUUUAUUUCUGUUUACCUUCUGAUUGGUCAAAUAUUUUUGACACUCAAUUAAAGGGGCAUUAUGGGAGAUUAGAUAAAGAGCUUGCAGUUAACGUAAAUAGAAUACGCUAAAAAUUUCAGUCAAAUUGAUUCACUCUGAACUGAGAUAUUAGUGAUUGAAUUUUACUAAAGUUGGUACGAUGGGAUGAAAAACAGUCUUGCUUAUCAAUCACAAAAUGAAUUCAAAUCAAGUAAAUAUCGUAGACUAACGAUGGCAUCGAGAGUUGAUUAUGGUCUGGAUAAGUCAGAUUUACCUCUUGCAUAAUGUAUGUUUAAUGAACCAAUUACUGAAUAUUGAUGCGCAGAAAAAACUCACAUUUUAUGUUUUAAAUAAAAUAGUUUUAUGCAAUUUGACAGAUCGAUUGUCCAGCUGGUUAGUUUUAUUACUGGUUUAGUCAGGACUGGCAAAUAGGACGGAAGAUAGAGCCCUGGAUUUAUUAUUAAAAUCACAUCAAGUUCUUCGAAAUUGUUUUGGUUGUUAUGUUUGUUCAUUAUGGCAUUUUCAUAAUCGAUAGUUAUGGAUGGAAGAUUAGAAUUUUUAUUAAUUUGUUAUUUAUUCAUGCACUUGCCUUUAAAAACGAUCAAUUUUCUUCCUAAUUCGCUUUCUAAACUAAUCUCAUUCGUAUCCAUUUAAACCUUUUUAUUUUGUGAGUUGUACAUUUAUUGGUGAAACUAACUGUUGAAGAAUGUCUUUGUUUGAAAGCUAUUUAAUUUGGUUUUAUUUCGAGGAUUUAAUAGUCACUCUCUUUCAUCAAGAGUUUGAACAUAAAUUAGGGAUAAAUAAAUGUAAUAUUUAAAUUUAA